GUAAAUAACAGUUACAACCUGAUCGUCAAAGACCCUUCUCACUUGGACUACGAGAAUCUUCAUCCAUAUCUUGUCCUCACCGUCGCUAUUCAAGUCACAGAUAGCCCCACAAAAGGAACAGGAGCUCCACUGAAAGCCAUCGGUCACGUCACCAUCAACAUAACUGACGUCAAUGAAGCACCUCAUAACAUCCAACUUGUUCCCGCUAACGUUACCGUCCCUGAAAAUGUUUCAAUUGGUCACUGCCUUGCGCAGAUGACAUCACGAAACCCCGAGAAAUCGCAAACAGUAGUUUAUAAUCUUCUCAACUACCAGAGUACGUUUUCAAUAGAAGAUGUUUGCAAGGAUAAUUCUUCCUCUGCUUGUUGUCAAGAAGACGGGUUACCUUAUCUGAUUGUGAAGUCGCAUCUUAGUUACAAUGAUUACACGAUACGAGGCUACCAAAUUCUGAUAGAAGCUGAAGACAACGGAAUUCCUCCACAAACAUUUAACGAGACGGUUCAAAUUCACGUGACCAAAAUUGACCCAUGUCCCCAGGCUACUUGUCACGUGGACGCCACAUGCAGCCGCGUUGACUGGCAGAAUUACACCUGCGUUUGCAAUGCAGGCUAUACAGGAGACGGCUUCAACUGCCAAGAAAUAGACGAGUGUAACGCUACCUGCACAGAAGUAAACGAGUGUAACGCCAACCCGUGCAGAAAUGGUGGCACGUGCCACGAUUUCGUCAAUUACUACAACUGUACAUGUCCCAGCGGAUAUGAUAAUGAUACGGACUGCACAUUUAUAAAUUUUUGUCUUUCAAACCCGUGUAAGAAUGGUGCGAGUUGUGGCCCAAUCCUGAAUGGAUACAACUGCAUUUGUCCAUGUGGUUUCACUGGGAAAGACUGUGAAACGAAUAUCAAUGACUGCGUGAAUCCUAAAAAGUGCUUCGAGGGAAGUUGUAUUGAUGAAAUUUGUAAAUUUACUUGUGAAUGCAAACCCCAGUUUUUUGGUCCUCAAUGUCGAAGGAAGAAAGGCGAGUGUACAGAAGAAUCAUGUGAGAAACAAGAAAUCUGCAUACCACGAAACUUAGAAAGGGAGAAACCUGUCGCCUGA